GCGAAUAGAGGACCAAGUAAAGGGAAGGUCGACAGUAGGGCAACCACACCAGCAAGGGAAAGAAAGCGAGAGUCCACCGUCUUGUCAGUGCAUGCGGAGAGGUGAAGGACUUGCUUGCUGUAUAGUUAUAUUUGUGUUUGUUAAAUUUGUUUUCCUUACAUCGUUAAUUUUAGGUUAAAAAAAAUUACAACUGUCAGCCGACAUGGCAGCGACGGGUUUGCGAGCCUCUUACCACCGGCUGAUGAACAAAAUCGAGUUUGUUUUGCCGGCCAAGCUGAGACCCUUUUACAACCACCCGGCAGGUCCGAGAACAGUUUUCUUCUGGGCCCCUGUAAUGAAAUGGGGCUUGGUAAUUGCAGGGUUAGCAGACAUGACCCGGCCGGCAGAAAAACUCAGUACCUCACAGUCAGCAGUGUUGACCGCCACAGGUUUAAUUUGGUCCAGAUACUCUCUGGUCAUUAUUCCAAAAAACUGGAGCCUAUUUGCUGUUAACUUCUUUCUGGGCUGUGCUGGAGGAUCCCAGCUUUACCGUAUCUGGCAAUAUGACCGAGAGCUUAAAGCAAAAGAAAAACAACAAAAAGAAAUGGAGUCUCUUCAUCCAUGAGUGAAAAUGAAUCCUGAUCCAGGGAUUGAAAGGGAGCUAGGUUAAAUUAUUCAUUUUAGAUCGUCCUAAGACUUUGUAAUUAAGAGAAAUGGAACUAAAUAACCAUUGUUAUGAGGUGGAGAUUACUGUUUGAUUAACAAAGUUAGAAUGAAGAAAGCACUAGCUUUUUAAAAAUAUAUAUAUAAAAAAUAUAUAUAGUGUGUAUCUCUCAAUACAUGUAUAUUUAUCAAUACAUGUAGUGUUUCUUUUAUAAAUUAAUUGAAAAUGUUUGGUCUUUUGAAUAACAUUAGAACAGGCUUUUGUUUAAGAUUCUACUCCAAUUUCCAAGGCCUGUUACUGGUUUUAAACUGUAUCAAUGAUCAUCUCCCAAUAAAUAAAAAAAAAUCCCUCAUCUUUA